AUGACUACCCUCAAUCUCAAGCUCGGCCAGACGGUCGAGACUUCUGGCGGUGUAGACGGCAUCGUCCGCUACCUAGGCCCCAUUCACGUCUCAGAGGGGCGAUUUGUGGGAAUAGAACUCCCAACUGCUGAUGGCAAGAACGAUGGCUCCGUACGCGGAGAGCGCUACUUCACUUGCGCACCUCUCCACGGGCUGUUCAUCCGCGACACUAGCAUUGUCAGCAUCCUCUCUGAGGCAGCCCCCGCACCGGCUCCUCCUACUCCACGAGCGGUCUCCAAAACAAAGGCACCACCCACCACACCCAGAGCCCGCCCAUCAAGCGUGGUUGCCCCUAAGCCUACAACCACUACAAGGACAACCACAUUGAGCAAGCGGCAGUCAGUCGCAGCUCCCUCAACAUCACAACCGCCUUCGCGUGGCCCAGUCCGCAAGGCCAGCGUGGCGAAACCUUCUCGUCCCGAACCCUCUCGUCCUACACCAUCAACCUCAAGACCGAGUCUUGCAUCUUCAGUCACAAGCAAUGCUGGCAAAGCAAGUCGGGAUAACAACGUCGACAAUCUGCACACCAAGAUUAGGCAUCUCGAGAAGCAACACGCGGAAGACCAAGAGCGCCUGAGAGAGUAUGCUCAGGUUCGCGACGAGAAAGAGCGCUACAGCGGCAUCAUCCAGCGGCUCCAGAACAAGUGUCAAGCUCAAUAUACCGAGAUUCAAGAAUUGAAAGACCGUGUCAACACACUUCAAUUGGAACAACAGGCUCUCAACAGAUCACACCAGGACCACGAGGUGGACUUAGAGGAUGCCUUGGUGGACAAGGAGAUGGCCGAGGAGAGGGCGGAUCAAGCCGAGGCAGAGAUCGAGUCGUUGCGCAAGCGCCUGGAAGAGCAGACGCUGGAGCUGGACAUUCUUCGCGAUGAGGCCGACCUCUUCACAACAGAAAUGUCAGAGGAUCAGAAGCAAGAGGCUGGAUACUACCGUCUCCAGCACGAGAAUGAUCGCAUGCGACAGGCGUUGAUCACUCUGAAGGAGAUGACAGAGGAGCGGGAACAAGACUUCAAGGCACACAUUCUCGGGCUCGAGGGCGACGUCGCACAGCUUGAGUACUACCGACAAGACAACGCCAAUCUACAAGAACGUCUCUCUGUAUCCGAAAACCUUGUGGACCACCUCAAACAACAGUUAGACGCCGCCAAUGAAUGGGAGGAGAUGGUCGAGGAGUUGACCCAACAAAACCAGAAUCUCCAAGAUAGAAUCGCGGAGCAGGAUCUGGUCGUACAAGAUCUUGAGAACCUACGGGAACUCAACGACGAGCUAGAAGCUCAACACCUUGAGCAAGAAGAGGACAUGCUUGCAGAGCUUGACGCUAAGAACAACGAGCUCGCUGAGCAAGUACGCCAGAUUACCGAACAGACCCACAUCAUCGCCGACCAAGAGUCUCUGAUCUCCAAAUUCCGAGACCUCGUCAUGGACCUACAAACCAAAAUGGCCGACGCUGAGUCUUCCAAGACUAUGACGGAAGCCCAAGUCAAGGAUACCACCGGUCGCUUCAACGAAGUGAUGGACCUUAACCGCCAACUUCGUGCAGCCACUGUGUUGUCGACCACACGAGAGAUUGAGUCUUCGCUGGUAUCGCUCAAGGCAGAUCAGCUUGCUGAAAAGCUCGAGAUUUGGAACGAGACAGAGUCCAAGGAGUUCACUCGAAGCGAGUCUCUCCAAGCCUACCUCGCAACAGAAAGGAUCGCUGGGAAAUCCAAGCUGCUUGUCAAUGUGUUGAGGAGCACCUGUCGUCACAUGAGCAAUGGCGGUCGAUUGGACGAUGCUGUCUCCAGACUCGUCUGUGAAGAGUCCAUUGUUCACCUGGAGGUCCUCAAAGACGGAAGCAACCGUCUUUGGUCUGCCAUUCGUGGCUUAUCACUUCCCGAAUUCGCCAAUUUUGGCCCGACGUACCAAGAAUUGAUCUCGGUAGAGCAGGUUCUUGAUCAAGGCCUCAACGCUCUCAAAGCAGACACACUCAACUUUGAAGAAUUUGCUGGAUCCUUGGAGCGAUCGACCAAGACACAUGAAGCAAUUCUGUCAAGCCACCAAGAGGUCCUUGCUGCACGACCAGAGGGAGAAUUCCUCUCCAUAGCGACUUCGCUCCACGCGAGGAUAAACUACAUCCUCUACAUUUACGAUCUGGCACACUUCGUCCUAGAGAAAGUGCCCGAGAGCAUACGCGAAGAGUGCGCAAAGAUGCUCAUUCAUUUCAACGAGCCAGUCGAUACUUUGCAGGCUACAUCCACGGCUGCGGCCAGGUUGCAACGGACUCUGAAGGCUCUGGUUCAGGAUCAUAUGUAUCCGGAACGACCAUCUGAUUUCGAGGACGCUUUCAGAUACGACGAAAAGCUGGCAUCGGCUGCUGGAACCCUUGCCGCUUUCGUUCGCAGUCUGAUCGAGGAGGUUGCGAAGUGCACUAGCCUAUCCGACACCGAGCUAAUCCCUGCUCUUGAGCUCCGCGCGAUCAAAGACAACAUCGAUAGACUCGAUGACGAUCAGAAUUAUGCUUUCAUGUUUGCCCACCUGAACACCAUCACUUAUCAUCUGAAUUCCUGGGCCGACCAAACCGGCAUACUAUCAAAAGCCAUCGAGAUCGAGCACGGACCUACGCCCUGGGCUCAGAAGGCGAAGGAGGUUGAGGCGGGACGGAAGAAGGAUGACGAGGCUGUGCGCCAGUUACAAACUCUUACCGUCGAGCAUCGUGCCACCGUUUUGAAGAUUCACGAGCGAGAGCAAGUCAUCGCCACCAAAGAACUGGAGAUUGAGCACUUGAUGGCCAAGAUCAAGGACGCUACCAGUAAGACCGAAGGUCUCGAGGCUCUCCAAGAAGAGCUCACGACACGUCAUGAUAAGAUCAUGGAUCUUCAGGCUCUGAAUCGAUCCCAGAUGAUGGAGAUUGAGGUUUUGAGAGAGCGCCUGGCCAAUGCCGACGAGCAUGCGCAAAACGACGCAGGACACGCCAUGGAAACCAUUGCCGCUCCAGUCGAGCAACCUCGGGAAGAGGAUGACCCGUUCGCUCAUCCUAGCAAGCUCAGGACUAUGCUCGAAGCCCUCGACAAUGAGAACCAUUGGCUGCGCAAGCGCGAAAACAGCUGGGCAUUCAAAUGGAACGUGCGCCAGACGUUGAUCAGUCUGGACACCUACAAGCAUGUCGAAAAGAAUUGGAGGAAAUUCUAUGAGAGACUUUACCUCGAUGACGAUGAUGAAUUCAUCGUUUUUGAGCCGCCAAGCCCAGUGCUCGAGGAGAACCCAACAUAUCAAAUCUCGAACGCACAUGGUACUGGCCGACCUAAGAUGUCGGCUAUCGAACUCAGUGGCAUCAGCCUAGGCUGGGAGGAGCGCGCACACAGUCAUAAGGUGGCUUUGGAGCAAGCCGAGGAGGACUUCGUCCACCUGUCUAUGCUCUCCGAUGAUUACGACGACUUGUCCUUCAUUGCGGUAUAA